UGCUAUAGCGUUUCAUAAUUGUUGGACGAGCUGCCAUUAAGUGGCAUCGCCCGCUAUAUAAAACUUUGGUAAGUAUCCAAGACUAGAACAGAAUGGCCACGUCUAAUGAGACGGGUAUGUCGCUCGUGCGGACAACGGUGCAAGAGUUAGCGGCGACCGUCGAGGAGCCUCCGCAAGAGUACGUAGUUGAUGAGAUGUUGGACGCUGAUGAGAUGCCAGAGCCCAUCCCUCUCGUCGACCUUAGCCGGUUGACGGCCGUCGACGAAGCGGACAAGCUCCGGGCGGCUCUACAAACCUGGGGCCUCUUCCUGGCGACCAACCAUGGAAUUGAGGAGUCUCUUAUGGAUGCCAUGAUGAGUGCAUCGAGAGACUUCUUCAGGCAACCGUCUGAAGAAUAGCAGAAAUACAACAACUUGAUAGACGGCAAGCACUUCCAAAUGGAAGGCUAUGGAAAUGACAAAGUUGUGGCCCAGGAUCAGGGCCUGAGCUGGAACGACCGCUUGCAUUUGAGAG